GUUAGCGACUUGCACCCUGUGUCUCAGAUCUCCGACAUGGUCGAUGCAGGAACGCCUAAAUCGUCACAUCAAUGUGGCAAAAUAUGUAUACUCGCACUCACAAGAGGCUACCAGUAGCAGUGUCGUGUGUGAACUCAGUCCCCUGUUAUCUCUGAGAGAGAAUUGAAUCAGCCUCGGUUGGGUGAAUCAGUCUGAACGCUACAGGUGCGAUAGUAGUGAUGAGGCGAUGAGGCGAUGAGGUGAUGAUCAUUGUGAGUCAGUACACGCUGGCCCAACGUCGGGCGCCCUUUCUUUGAUGGGUUGUUUUUCCAAGGCGAUGAGGUUGUAUUGGUGCUACACAAGUCUUGAAUAAACCGCAUGGCCAUCACAGUCUUCCAGUGUUAGAUACAUAUAUAAUCCCGGAUAUGAUAAGGUGAAAGAAGUUAGAAGAACACCAGAAAGCAACAACCACCCCGAAAAACCCCAUCAUCUAAGUACCCAAAUUCAAGCCUUCAUACAAGCAUCAUGGAGACCACCGAGGCUGUGUCCAAAAUGGUCUUUGAGGAGAUCAACACUGCAUCAAAGUCCGAUGACCUUAGGAUCCUCCUCCACAGCCACCUAUCGCAUACUUGCGGUCAGCACCUCAAGGAUCUAAAGGAUCUUGAAUCGCCAAACGACAAGUACAAGCGUUAUCUCGUGAAAUAUGUUGCCCGGGGAAUGGUCGAGCAUGUGAUUCGCCAAUUUCCCAUCAAUUUAGCCAAAGAACUGGUCAUGAGCUCCCAAUCUUCCCAGAAUCCACUACAGUGUGCCGACUACAAGGUGGGCUGGGUCUGCGCUUUGUCACUUGAGCUAGCCGCUGCAACCUCCAUGCUUGAUACAGUUCAUGGCUCACCUCUCGAUCUCCAAUGGCAACCUAGAUAUGACCACAACCAAUACUUCUUCGGCCAGAUUGGGGCCCAUAAUGUAGUCCUAGCAGUCCUACCUGCUGGCUCCUACGGGACUACUCAAAGCGCCAUUGCCACAAAACUGAUGACAAAUGCUUUCCCCCGGCUAUAUUUCGUGUUAAUGGUGGGAAUAGGAGGUGGAGUCCCUAGCCAAAGACAUGAUAUUCGGCUAGGAGAUGUAGUGGUUAGCAAGCCUGUUCCGGGUCACGGUGGUGUGUUGCAAUACGACUUCGGCAAGACGGGACCGAACGGAGGGGUAACACCCACUGGAGUUCUAAAUAAGCCACCACCAGAGGCAUUAACGGCCAUCGCCGCUAUGGACAUGAGAUAUAUGAUGGAAGAAGGCUGCUUGACAGAUUUCAUCAAAGAUGCGCUGUCGAAGCGACCGAAGAUGAAGGAUGCCUUCUCUCGCCCGAGCAUGGAUAAGGACAUUCUGUUUAAAUAUGAUUUCGAUCAUAUUUCCGGAGAAGAUUGUACGCGCUGCCCUCGGAGAAUGAUUCAAGCACGGCCACAACGUGCCACGAUUGAACCAACCAUUCAUUAUGGGCUGAUUGGUUCGGGCAACCAAGUCAUCAAGGAUGGAAGGACCCGGGAGCGAUUGAGGCAGAAGCACGACAUCUUGUGUUUUGAAAUGGAGGCGGCUGGUAUGAUGGACACCAUUUCAUGUCUUGUCGUCCGGGGAAUCUGCGAUUAUGCUGACUCACACAAGAAUAAGCUGUGGCAGAAGUAUGCCGCGAUGACCGCAGCCGCUUACGCCAAAGACCUUCUGCUUUCUAUGGGGACACCAGCUAUAUCUUCUCCCAAAUUAGCGCCACUGACCCCCACCGUGGUACCUGUUGCCCCGACACCGGCAUUAUUUCACAGAAGGAGCCCAGAACCCAGGCCACCUCAAUCACCACCUAUACUAGCUCAACAAGCCCACCAACAGCAAGUAGAUCCUCAGCUCCGAGUGGAAUAUGGGAAAAGGCUCUUGCGGGCGGCUCAAAGCAGGAAUAUGCCACUAGUCAAGGCCUUCCUCGAGAAGGGAGGAGACCCAAACACAGCGGAUCCCCAGUGGAAUCUCACUGCCUUGCAUUACACGGCUAAAUAUGGUGAUAUCGGCACAACGCGGCUUCUUCUCAAAGCUGGAGCCGACCCAGACGUCCCGAUCAAAUUUACAAAGAAUACACCUCUGUUAGAAGCAGCUUCCCGUGGUCACGAUAAAGUUACUCAGUGCUUACUACAGCAUAACGCUAAUAUAAUGAGCGUUGGGAAGGGGAAAAGAACUGCUUUGCAUGCAGCUGCUGCCAAUGGGCACCUUGCAUGUGUUACAGUCCUUAUGGAGGCCGGGGCUGAUCCAGAGAAUCUCGAUAAAGAGGGAUAUACACCUCUGGACCUGGCAGAGAAAGAGGGUCAUUCCCAAAUAGCCAAGUACUUACGGGAAUUCUAG